GGCAUUCCUUCCGCCAACGAAAUGAAGCGCCCAAUAAACUUGCCUCCAUGGGACCUCCUCAUGCUCUCCGUCCACUACAUCCAGAAGGGCCAUCUCUACCAAAAACGCUCCCCCGGCUUCCACAUCGUCGAAUUUCUCCGCCGGUUGAACCAUGCCCUCUCCCUCACGCUCUCCCACUUCUACCCACUCGCCUUCCGCCUCGUCACUUCCGAAUCCCCACACGAUGACGGAUCCUACGUCGUCUCCCUCGACUGUGUGAACAGUCCCGGAGCCCGAUUGAUCCACGCCGCCCCAUCGGUAGAGCUCCUCGAGCGCUCCAUCAACGACAAGUUCAGCUUCAACCUCAGCUGGGGAAGGAUGAAUCCUCCCCUGCAUCCAGACUACUUCGAGAACUCGAUUAAUCCGAUGAGGACCUCUGCCGCGGUGGGGGAGCUGCUGGGGAACGAUUUGGGGUGGGCGGCGUGGCGGCUGCACGAGGCGGUGGUGGGGCACAACGACGAGAAGAUCAGGGGGAUUUUGUCGUAG